AUAAGUUAAUUGGUAAUGAGAGGGCUCUUAUGAAAGGAUGCCCGUGGUCCAGCGCAACGAGUCGCCGAGCUUAGGCCGGCUCUUCCUCGAGCACCUGGACGAGGAAGCGACGGGCGCGCGGACGCGCAGCCUGCCCGAGCGCAGCGUCUCGUUCAAUCGCGACGUCCACGUCAAGAGGAUCGGACGCGGCUGCCCGUACGUGACCACGGCCCUCGUCGGCGACGGCGAAGGCCGGCUGACGACCACGCCAGUGCGCAAGGAGAGCAUCAAGGCGCGCAGCAAGGAGGACCUCGCGCAGGAGGCCGCCUACGUGCUGCAGCAGGCGGACAGCGUCGACUGCGUGGCGCUCGAGUCGCCGGACGCCGGGCGCCACUACGGUAGCCUCCCGAGCCGCGGGCGCCGCGCGAAGCAGCCGCCGCCGCCGCCUUCGCAGGAGCGCGCCCGCCGGCGGCGCAGCGAGGAGAUCGGCGCCCCGGGCGCCGGCAGCGCCGACCUCGCGCGGCCCACCAAGAAAGCGGCCCUCGAGCGCAGCCAGAGCGAUGCCUCGUGCGGCCGAGUCAAGCCGGCGAUCACCGGGCCCCGCUCGGCCCAGCUAGAGCGCCCGCAGGGCCCGCCGCCGGCCGAGCCGGCCGCCCAGCCCAGCGCCGGCAGCAGCGUCAAGCGCAGCCACAGCGACGCGGCCGCCAGCGCCGAGUGGCAGCGCAAGCCGGCGCCGCUCUCGCCCAUAAUCGAGGCCGCGCCGCAGACCGGCGCCGCCGAGCCGCGGCCCUUCCACUUCCCCGCCGAGGCGAAGAAGCCGAAGCAGGACGAGGCGGAGCGGCGCGCCGGCCGCAGCAUGCUGCACGGCGGCCGCUACGAGCAGCCGCGGCCGGCCGAGGAGUCGGCCAUUCACCGCAUGAUCCACCGGCUGUCGGCGGACCGCUCGCCGCCGCCGCAGCUGACGCGCGCCAUGGUCUCGCCGGGGCCGGGCUUCGGCCACAACAACAACCGGCCGUUCUCGUACACGCGGCCGGCCGGCGAGGCGGCGCCCGCGGGCGCGCCCAGGCCCAGCCCCGAGCCCGCCGGGCCCGACGUCGUCAUCUACGCGCAGGUGCAGCUCGACAAGAAGAAGGCCGCGCAGCGCAGCCACUCGGACAGCGACGAGGGCCUGGGCCUCGAGCGCAAGGACUCCUCGCGCGAGAACAGCCCCGCGGAGAAGGACUACCCGCGCGGCCGCGCCGCCGGCUACCUCGCGGCCGAGCUGCUGCAGCAGCGCAACAACCGGAUCAACAGCUACAAGUCGCGCGCGGCCUACGAGCCCGAGGGCGCGGCGCUGCUGGGCGAGCCGCCCGGGCCCGGCAAGUACACCUCGACCGUGUUCGUGGAGGGCUGCGGCCCGGCGCCCGGCCGCGGCAGGGCCGACGGCACCGACUGCAAGCCGGCCCGCGGCGGCCCGGGCGCGGCCCCGAGCCGCAGCUCGGAGCUGAGCGCGCGCCGCGACCUGCUCGAGUCGCGGAUCAAGUCGCGGCUGCUGGCCGACGAGGCCUUCGCCGCCAAGGCGGGCGCGGGCGCGCCGGCCGCGGGCAGGGCCGAGCACGACGUCAUCAUCGACAAGCCGAUAGUGCCGUCGCCGGUGGUGCCGGCCAGCGUGGCCGCGCACUCGGCCAAGCGCUACACCGACACCUACGUCAGCGAGACGCGCACCAACAGCCACGGCGACAAGUACGUCUUCGAGCAGGAGCUACACGACGAGGACGGCCGCGUCUACGGCUACGAGAAGACCAUCAACAAGCUGCCGGCGAGCCAGGCCGGCCUCGGCCUGGAGCCGCUGGAGCCCCGGCCUGGCUACACGCUGGAGACGCGCACCGACGGCUUCGGCGACCGCUACGUCAUCGAGACGCGCAACCACGGCGGCUACGAGGGCGAGCGCGCGCGCGCCCGCGACGGCCCGGGCCGGGCGGCCGCGGUCGGGCGGCCGGCGGUGGGCGCGCGCGGCGAGCCGCCGCCGGCGGCCGGCCGGCCCGCCCGGGGCAAGCAUCACCUCGAGGCGCUGCGCGGCAGGAGCAAGUCCACGCAGCGCCUCGACCAGCUGGGGCUCGAGCGGCGGCGCCUCGAGGGCGGCCUGCGCCGCGAGCUGGCCACGCGCUCGCACGAGAACCUCGCCUCGGCCGACUACGCGAACGCGCGGCAGCCGCGGGCCUUCGCGCGGCUGGACGAGCUGCGCGAGGCGCCGCUCGACGACUACGACACCGACAUCUCGCAGGCGACCAACAGCCAGCUCGAGUCGUCCUGCAGCAAGUACUACCGAGAGACGCGCACGACGCAGAGCAGCAGGUACCAGAAGAGCAAGCUGCGCUCGCGCGACGACUACGACAGCUCGCCGCGGCCGCGGCCGCGCCUCGGCUACGGCUGCGGCCGCUACGACUCGGACGCGGCCGCGCGCGACUCGCCGCGCGGCGAGCAGCAGCCGCGGCAGCGGCGCCUCCUCGAGGACGAGCCCGACAAGCCGACGCGGCGCUCGCGCAACCGGCUCGACUACCUCGACGACAGCGACGCCUCGCGCGCCAGCGGCUGCAGCAAGGGCCUGCCGAGCGGCGGCGGCGCCGGCGGCACGGGCGCCGGCCCGGAGUGCGACUUCGCGGAGCAGCCGCCGCAGCGGCCGCCGCGCGCCCACCACGAGAGCAAGCUGCGCCAGUCGCGCGCCUACGGCGAGCGCCGCCAGCAGCUGCGCGAGACCCGGCUCAGCGACAGCGAGCGCAAGGACCGGCUGGCCGACUCGGGCAUCGAGAACGACUACCGGCGCGAGCCGCACGCGCGGCCCGAGCUCGAGUCCGAGGACGAGGGCAUCGCGAGCAUGCAGCUGAUCAAGCAGGAGCGCCGGCACACCGACCGCAGCAUGCAGCAGCAGCAGCAGCAGCACCAGCACCAGCAGCGGCGCUACAGCGACAAGUACGUGGUGUACUACGACAGCAAGGGCUCGAUCGUGCAGCCGGUGCUCGCCUCCAAGCCGCCCUCGGGCUGCGCCGACGCGAAGAAGUACGAGAAGAAGGCGGCCAAGAAGAGCGGCACCAUGAGCAAGGUGAAGGAGCUGUUCCGCAAGAAGGAGAAGAAGGCCAAGGAGGAGAAGAGCAAGCGGAGCACGCGGGCCGGCAGCAGCGGCACCCUCACCGACGACGAGCUCAGCAUGCGCUACAGGGAGUACCGCGGCGAGCAGCUGCGCAGCGCCAUCAGCGCCAGGGACCUGGACAGCGAGAUCAUUGAGGACGAGUACAGACAGCGCAGGCGCUUGUCGACGCCGAGCGGCAGCCCAAGUCCGCCGCGGCCCUCGAGGCUGUCGCGAUCCACGGGCACGCUGACGAGGCCGGAGCAGCAGUUCCGCGAGGGCAAGGGCUCGCGCGACUCGCAGCCCCAGGAAGCGGCCGAGAGGAGGGGCUGGUUCAAGUCGCUCUCCCGCAAAGCCAAGUCCAGCGCCAAGCCGCUGGACAAGAAGCCGAGGAUACCCGAGAGCGAGAUCUUGACGACCGGCACCGAGGACGAGGAGGCGUCGUCCGCGCCGGAGCGCGCGUCCGUGCAGAAGAACCUGCGCUUCUUCGGCGACACCGACCAGGAGUCGCUCUCGUCGAGCCGCGAGCGCAGGAACAAGCGCGGGGAGGAGCACGCCCAGGCGAGGCGCGAGCCGCCGAGCCCGAGCCGCCAGCCCAUGGGCCGGAAGUCGUCGCGGCUGGCCGAGAGCGCGCUGUCGUCCGGCGAGAGCACCACCGGCGACAGCAGCCAGCAGAGCCAGAACUCGCAGCGCUCGCAGCGAUCCGUGGUGUACCUGCACGCGGCCACAGUCGGCGAGAUCCCGGGGCCGAACGAGAGACGGCGCGCGGCCAGCCGGGAGGAGCUGAGCCGGCCGCUGGCGGCGCACACGCGCACCGUCUCGCGCAGCGUGAGCGUGCUGGCGCCGUGGCGGCCGCGCCACUACCGCGAGCCCUACGAGAUCAACUACGACCAGGAGCAGCAGCACGUCAAGCCGCUGGCCACCACGAGGCGCCGGCAGCGCAGCCGCGAGACCCUCGGCCGCCGUCCCGCCAAGGAGCCGCGCCGCGCCAAGGACCUCAACUCCAAGUCGAGCACCAUCAACCGCGGCAGCUUGAAGCCAAAAGACAGCAGGAAGGUGGGCAGAACCGUGUCGACCGAGUCGUUGGCCAGCAAGUCCCGGAGCGUGAGCUCCAGGCCGGAGCAGCUGAGCAGAUCCACCUCGGUGCCGCGCGACCCCAACAAGAGCGCCGGAUGGUUCAAGCUCAAAAGCAAAAAGUCCCGGGCCUGACCAUCCCGGCCC